AUGCUCUCUCAAACACUGUACUAUAUCACGACCUUUCAGAAAACCCUUUCUCACAUCUAUGAAGCAAAUCUCCCACGCGCCGUCCACCGAACUUGCCUUGGUCACCAUCUCCGUCGCGCCGUUCAGGUCACCGAGCUUCCCGCGUUCGCCAUCUCCCUCGCGCUGCCCAUGGAAGCUACCCUUCUUCAUCGCGACCAUCUGGAUUCCCAUCUUCCAUUUCAUAAGCUUUAG